AUGACGUAUGUCUCCAGGUUCAUGCAAGGCGCAGCUCUGUUGCUGGUGACUGCUGUCAUUGGUGGCACGUUGUUGUCUGAGCUUAUUCCGGUCUAUUCGCACCACAUUCGUCAGAGGAUCGUCGUGAAUACCACAUCGACCAGCCUGAUGCGGCCAUCCUCGCCGCCGUCGCCGAAACAGCCGUGGUCGCCGCAGCUGCCCAUCAUGGUGGGAAGGACCCUCGGUCCAGGCUCCUUUUUGAACCUGCCGGGGGUGGAGCUGGCGGAGCAGAAGCAGACUCGUUGUUUGAAGUUCAUUCACAUCCCGAAGACGGCCGGCUCGUCCAUUGACCAAUUGAGCUUCCAAUUGAAGCUCAACUGGGGCCCUCAUGACCGCUCAUUGCAUUGCACAAACAUGUCCAUGUGCCGGCAAACCACUCCGAUUCUACGGCGCUGUUGCUGGCACAAGAGCACGGCAUGCAGUGUUUGGCACGAUCCACCCAGCAUUGAUGAGCAACUGGCGCAAGUCUAUGCCAACUGCUCCACUUUUUGCGUGGUCCGUGAUCCAAUCAUGCGCUUCAUGAGCGAGUACUUUUACAUGUCCAAGCACAAGCGUAUUCAAGGAGAUUGGUGCGAUCCAGUGAAAUUUGAGGAGUAUGCAAAUGAGACCAUGCAACGUGCUUUGGAAGAUCCCUUCAUUGAUGAUUGCCACCUUGUGCCACAAGCGUUCUACUUGGUCUCUUUGGAUGGCCACCGCUUGUGUGAUCACAUCCUCCGCUACGAGCACUUACAGAGCGAGCUGCCUCAACUGCUGAAGUGGUAUCACAACCUGAACGAGUCAAAAACUCGACUUCAAAUGGUGAACCAAGCUGCACGACGGUGCAAUGUGCCCUUCUCGCCAGAGCUGCGGCAGCGCCUACGAGACUUCUUCCAAGUGGACUACGAACUGGGCUUAGGAACUUGA